AUUAUGCAUUUUGAUUUCUCCAUACAGUUAUUAAGGACUGCAAUAUGACAAGUGAAGGAAUAUUAGUAUCAGGAAGGGGGGGGCGAGGUUAUAUCCCCACCAUACUGUUAUAAACAAUACAUUAAGUCUUCCAUCUUAUAAUUUAUGAAUUUUCUAGGUAAACCUAUUUUGAAUUAAUUGGAAUUAACUGCCGCAUGGCUGCAAGUGUUUGUUGGCUCUGACUGAAGGUGAAUUCGUCGGUCUGGUUCGUCUGCCCGACCCCAAGUCACAUGACCCCGAGGUUUUAUGUGGUUAGAAACUGGGAGACGCAGGCAGUCAAAGUCAAAUGUAUCAAACUGUGUCACAAAUCACCACUAAAUCACAAACUACUUUUUUUCCCGGGCUCUGUUUAAAAUAUUUUAAUGCAGCAAGAGAGAACAUAUCAACGCAUUUUAAGCGGCCUUUACUGAAUGCUUCAACAUUCAGGGUGUGAAAGUUUGAAACGUCAGUGAACAGUGGAGGCGGAGCCAGGUAUUAGGGGAAGAGCCAGGUGUUAGCGGAGGAGCCAGGUGUUAGGGGAGGAGCCAGGUGUUGGGGGAGGAGCCAGGUGUAAGGGGAGGAGGAGAGAGGACGUCAUGUUGAGGAAACAAAACUUAACAUUCAAAUAAACCAAAGCCACCUGAUGUGGAAGCAGUUCUCUCUUUUAGGCGAGAAAUUAAAACGCAUUUUAGAACAAAUAGUCGGACAGACAACAACGAGGAAUGGCCUGUGCUAACACUUCCUGGUCUGAAGAGAACUUUUCAUGUUCCAUCUGUCUGGAUGUGUUCAACAGUCCAGUUUCCACCGCAUGUGGACACAACUUCUGCAGAACCUGUAUUACAAAGUCCUGGGAUGAACAAGUCCAGUACAAAUGUCCUGUUUGCAACAAGCUUUUCAACACAAGACCUGAUCUACAGGUCAAUACCUUCUUAUCAGAGCUGGCUGCUCAGUUUAGAACAACCGUACAAGUAAAAGAGCAGCCUUGUGUUGAACCAGGAGAAGUUCCCUGUGACGUCUGUACUGGGACCCAGCUGAAGGCUGUGAAGUCCUGCCUAAUGUGUUUUACCUCUUACUGCCAAACCCACCUGGAGCCCCAUCAGAGAGUCGCUCGCCUGCAGAAACAUCGGCUGGUCGAGCCUAUGGACCGUCUGGAAGACAGGAUGUGUAAGAAACACGAACGACUUCUGGAGCUCUUCUGCCAGACUGAACAGGUGUGUGUGUGUCAGUUCUGCACAGAGGCAGACCACAAGUCCCAUCCUGUUGUACCUUUAAAGGAGGAAUAUGAAGUGAAGACGGCUCAGCUGGGGAAGAUAGAGGCUGAAGUUCCACAGAAGAUCCAGGAGAGAAAACAAAAGAUUAAGGAGAUCAAAGACACAGUGAAACUGAGCAACAAAGACGCAGACAGAGAGAUAGCCCAUGGUGGGCAGGUCUUCACUGCUCUGAUAGGCUGCGUUGAAAAGGGCCGGGAUGACUUCAACCAAACGGUUCAAGAGAAACUGAAAUCCACAGUGAAACGAGCUGAAGACCUCAUCAAAGAGCUGGAGCAGGAAAUAGAAGAUCUGACCAAUAGAAGCUCAGAGGUGAAGCGGCUCUCACACACUGAAGACCACCUCCACUUCCUCCAGGCCUUCAGAUCCCUGAAGGAUCCUCCACCCACCAGGGACUGGACCACGGUGGAGGUCCGUCCUCCGUCAUACGUAGGGACCUUGAGGAGAUCCCUGGAUCAGCUGGAGGAGACACUGAACAUGGAGAUGAGGAAGCUGCCUGAUGAUGCUGAACUGAAGAGGGUCCAGCAGUAUGAAGUAGAUGUGACUCUGGAUCCUGAUACAGCUCAUCCCUAUCUCAUCCUGUCUGAGGAUGGGAAACAAGUACAUGAUGGAGGUGUGAGGAAGAUACUCCCAGACAACCCUAAGAGAUUUACAGCGGAUCCAUGGGUUCUCACGAGGCAGAGCUUCUCCUCAGGGAGAUUUUACUUUGAGGUCCAGAUUAAAGACAAGACUGACUGGUGGUUAGGAGUGGCCAGAGAGUCCAUCGAUAGAAAAGGUCUGACAAAGUGGACCCCUGAGACGGGUUACUGGACUCUUUGGUGCUACAACAAUAGUCGGUUCUUAUUCAGAGAUAACCCUUCUGUCCAUCUCCCUCUGAGAGCUGAGCUCCAGAAGGUGGGGGUGUUUGUUGAUUAUGAUGAGGGUCUGGUCUCCUUCUAUGUUGUGGAAGCCAGGGUUCAUAUCUACUCUGCUACUGGCUGCACCUUCACUGAGCCUCUCUAUCCAAUCCUCUGUCCACAUUUACAUUAUGAAGGUACAAACUCUGCCCCCCUGAUCAUCUCACCUGUCAAUCAAACAGACUAGGACCUUUGUUUGAUAAUAAAAUAAUCAAACGACCAAAACAACUAAUGUUGUUUCCUGAAUUAGAAUUAGAAUCUCUACUAUGUGAGAUCUGAGAGAUCUGCAUUAAUGUCAUACUGCUGUCAUUUAACGAGGAGAAUAUAUUUAAGAAUUAACCCUGUAGUUGUGUAACAUAACCCUUUAUAAAGGGUUAUAUUACACUCAUUUAUGUGUCUGUUUUCCUUUAUUUCUUUUACACGUUUAAAGAUAUACAAUUUUUUUGAGUUAUAUAGAACAUGUUUAGAGGAUUAACCUGUAUAAAUAAUAAUUUGAAAAUUGAAUAUAUAUCAGAAUAUUGAAUGACAAAACAAUCCAAUGUUCUUACACUUGUGAUUUUAAUAAAAAGAAAAGGCAAAUAUUAUGAUGCAUAGGCCUACAUUAUCAUUGUAAUGGAUCAUUUCAGGGGAAUAGAUACAUUCCAGUCAAAUAGUGUUCAGUAUAAAUACUGUUUCUGUAA